UCUCUCUCUCUUUCUCCUAUGUUCCUCACUCUCACUUGCUCUUGUGUUUUUUCUCCCGGGAAAGAAACCGGAUUUUUCUCCCCAUUGUUGUCUGUCGGUCACUCCCGCUGCCCCCGAAUUCGAGCUCGCCAAUGCAUGAUCUUCCCAUAGAGUCCAAGUUCAGGUUGUAGGGGUCGAUCUUGACCUGCCGGAGCUUCGAUUUCUGUUUUUUUUUCCAUUGGGGGAUUGGGAAAUGCUGGAAGCAGUGGAGAGUUCUGUCAAUGGCAGGGGCUUCCCCCACUUGCCGAGCUUCGGGGUCAGUGACUGCAGCGAGGAGGAGCUGUCCGUGCUCCCGCGUCACACCAAGGUCGUCGUCACCGGGAACAACCGCACCAAGUCCGUCCUCGUCGGCCUCCAGGGGGUGGUCAAGAAGGCCGUCGGCCUCGGCGGGUGGCAUUGGCUGGUCCUAACGAAUGGCAUAGAAGUCAAGCUACAGAGAAAUGCUCUCAGCGUGAUUGAAGCUCCAACAGGCAAUGAGGAGGAUGAUGAACUCGAUUAUGAAAAUGGGCAGUGGCAUGGAUCUGAUAUGGCAUCCGAUGACACUCAAAAGUCCCACAGAUCGAGGCAUCGAGUGCAUAAGUCAUCGCACAAGACCAUGAGCAGGACUCCUUCAUGUGAUUCGCAAUCCAAGGGCUCGAUUUCUACACUUCGUGGGUCCAUGAAAGUCGACCUCAGCAAAUUGGAGGUGUCUGCUUUGUGGAGAUACUGGCGCCAUUUCAAUCUUGUUGAUGUGAUCCCCAACCCAUCGAAAGAGCAACUGGUUGAAGCCGUGCAGAGACACUUCAUGACCGAGCAAAUGGACGAGUUGCAAGUUAUCACGGGCUUUGUCCAGGCAGCCAAGAAAAUGAAGACCGUUUGCAAAUGACCCGAGCCAAACUGUUCCCUCAUCCUUUUGUGAAUGCUAACUCGAUAAAUCUAAGUUCCCCCCUUCCCUUCACCCUUUGCAGCGAGAUAUCUGUAUGUACUGGUCGGUGGCUCCUACCAUCUCUGGUUAGUGGCUAGUAUCCUCUCUUUUUCUCCCGAGUUAUAGAGGUACUUUUUGGGGUAGCGUGAUAUCGUCAAUGUAGAUAUAAUGUGAAUGAUUAGCGGAUAUCAGAGGAGUCCUCUCCUCUCGAGGACGUCUUUCGUAAACUCUUUCCUGUACUUCUGACUGAAGGGAUGUGGGUGUUUCUGAAAUGUAUAUAAACUAUGAGCUUACUUUAUUCUUCCUUGA